AUGAUUACAUUAUCGGCCCCACAAACACAAUAUUUUCGUGCUAUUUUCAACCUAAACCAACAAACAUUUUCGAUCUUCUGCGAAAUAAUUUUGCCAGUUGGAGCUGGUACAGCGGGUUGCGUGCUCGCAUCUCGUCUCACGGAGGACCUAAACACCAGCGUGCUGCUGGUAGAAGCAGGGGACCACAUGGGCUACUUCACCAAAAUCCCAUUGACUCCUACAGCGGCACAACAAGGGCCUGACGACUGGUCUGUCAGGACAAGGGCACAGAAGUACUCCUCUUUCGGACUUUGGGGUCAGUCACAAUUCAUUCCACGGGGUAAAGGCCUCGGUGGAUCAGGUCAGAUCAACUUCCUACUUCAUGGUUUUGGCCUUCCUGGAGACUAUGAUAGAUGGUCACAACUCGGCUUCCAAGGAUGGACCUUUAAAGAUUUGAAACCGUAUUUUAUCAAAGCUUUUGGUACCGUGAGGAGUGAGUUUGAUUCUGGACAUUGUGCCGCGGACGGGGACUGUCCUGCUGCUAAGGUACCAAUGAAAUUAAAGCUAUUAGACGAUGACAACGAGCUGAUGAACGCCUUCAGACUGGCCUCCACGCACUCAAAAAAGAACAUCUUCAGAAGACCUACAGCGACCAUCAAAGAUGGCGCUCGUUACUCCACGUUGAACGCUUAUCUGAAGCCAGCUUUGGGAAGAAAGAAUCUUCACGUAUUAUUGAAAACACAGGCUGUGUCUAUUCGUUUUAUCAACAUGACAGCAUCAUCUCUAUACAUACUCCAAAACCACCGUGAGCUGGACAAUAUAUUCGUGAAUAAAGAGAUCAUAGUGGCGGCCGGCGCUAUAAAGUCUCCACAACUGUUAAUGUUGUCUGGUAUUGGACCGCCAGAGAUGCUGCAAAGGCUAAAAAUAAAGCUGGUAUCUCCAAACCAGGAGGUGGGUAAGAACUUCCACGACCACAUGAACAUCCCGAUAUACGUGAGCAUACAGAGACCAAUCAGCGUCACUUUGUCCAAAGUGUUCACGUUGACAGCUGCUUUCGAAUACUUCUGGAAGAAUGCGGGCCCCUUAUCAUUUCCUCCCCUAAGUGGAGUUGAAUACCAGACUACGUCCGCAGUAAUGCUCUUCUCAAUGGGCACAGCUAGCGAGAGACUGCUGAGAGAUUUAUCUAACUACAAGCCUCAGGUAUUCCGCGAUACCUUCCCUUUCUACAACAACACCAAUAAGGAGGGCUUCAUGUUCCUGUCGACCUGUGUGCAGCCGAGGAGUAGAGGCACCAUUACCCUCGCUGACUCCACCACCGCCAUGCCUCCUGUGGUAGACCCUAACUACUUGGAACAGUAUUACGAUGUCAAGUGUAUGAUCAAAGGCAACGGUAAAAAACAGUCACAACCCAAAGAACAGAAGCCCAAACCGAAACCUAUACCCAGCCCCCCAGACGCCUACUUGGAGUGCAUCAUCAGGGAGGUGGCAGUAACAGGACAUCAUGCUGGAGGAACCUGUGCUGGUGGAAGGGUCGUUGAUGAGGAAUUACGAGUCAAAUCAGUAUCAGGUGUACGAGUAGUGGAUGCCAGUGUCCUUCCAUCUCCGAUCUCCUUGUAUCCUAACUCAGUGAUUGUUGCGAUGGCUGAACGGGCUGCUGACCUCAUACGACAUGGUGGUAACAAAUAA